ACAGCCUGGCAAUGUUAUGGAAACAUGCCCAGACUACUUAGAGUGUUUGAUUAUUUGCACGCACAGAUGAAUGAAGUGAGGUAUUUUGUGUAUGUAGUUUGAGCAUGGAUGGAGGGAGCCACAGUAUAGCAUCGUUGGCAUUUUUUCCAUGCUUUGCAUCAGGGAAUUUUGUUUACAUCAUUUGUGCGGCAGAAAACAGUGCGUAAAACAACUGAACAGACGCUGUAUACUCUCUCUCAGUAUAGACUCCUGUUAUUGUUAUUGGAGUCUUUUCAGGAAAAUUUUGGUGUGAGCCAUGGAGGGGUACAGAGUGCCCAGGUGUCCUCCGGGGGACUACUGCAUCCCAAAGGUUAAGAGGAACGGUGCUGAUGGUCCUCUCACUCCAGUGCGGCCUGGGUCCAGAGAGGAGCUGGAUAUCCUCAAGAUUGUCAAGAGGAGCUUCUUGAAUGAAAACUUCACCACUCAGUAUGGGGUGCAGAAAAUCUCACUGGUGAACAAUGUGGAGUUGGAGAAAGAUUUCAGUUCCAAACGCCAGGAGAUGAAAGAACAUGGAAGAGAUGUGACUGAAAAGUACCUCUUUUCUACAUCUGGAGGGACAGGGACCUUCACAAAGGGAAAGACUGUAGUACCAUCUCAGGGGAAGAGUGUGCUGGGUGACAGCACUAAGGGAGUUUACCUAAAGAAGAAUGCUGAUGUGUGUUUGAGGUGCCAGGUGGUAUUCCGUCGAACGAAAACCAAACUGUUGAUAUACAAGGCCAUGUUAGGGCGAGUCCUUGCGGUGGCUCCCCACAGCAGGUCGGACCCUGACCCCAACCAUGACUGCCAUGUGUCCAGGGAACCCCCCAGACUAACUGACAAGGACUGGGACCAAUAUGGCAAAUCACAGGUGUACCUGUAUGAGUAUGAUGAGGAGGGGUUGCCAGUGCAAAGACCACGGCAAGUCCUCCCAUAUGCUGCAGUGACACUGGUAGACACGAUCUUAUGUGACGAGAACCCAAGUAUCCAUCGUAUUGUUGAGGGGUUCCCCAUGUUAGAACCUGUAAGUCCACAAGCUUGUAAAAAACCUACAAGUAACAUGCCAAUACAUUCCACAUCAGUACCUGGGGCUGUGACCAAGCACAAGAGCAAUGUGUGUACUUCUGCUGUCAUAGAAGCUGAAGACAAGAGCAAUGCAUCUAUCAAAGAAAGGAAACAUAGGUUAUUGAAAACAAAAGGAGAUCUGCUUGUGAAACCUGACAGGAAGAUUUUACAAGAAAAAGACAGGAGAAAGAAAAAGAAGAAAGCCAAAAACACACAUGCAGCCAAAGAAAGUGUGUCUGUUGCUACACCUAUCAAAGAACUUGUAACAAGUACCUGUGGAAGACCAGUAGAACAAAGUAAUGUGGACUCCACAACAGCCAAAUUCACACCUGCUACCAAUAAGAAUAUGUCUGUUGCUACACAUGAGAAAGAAGAUGGGAUAAGUGCCUGUCAUAGACAAACAGAACCAGAUGAAAGUCAUGUGGACUCUGAAACAGCUGUCAACAUCAUGGAUAGGGUAAAAGACCCAAAGCUUGCCAGGAAGAGAAAACCAGUGGACUUCAUGCAUAGAGAGUACCAAAGUUCAACCGUUGUGUCUCCUAAAGCCCCCACUUUGAAGAAGAACUCUAACAAUACCAGGUCACCACCAGAUGCUGAUGACAUUAAAAUCAAGUCAGCAGUGGUGAUGCUGGAGAACCUCGACCAUCUGUUGAUCGGAAGGAGGAAAAGUGCAAGUUCAGAGAGUAGCUUGUCAGAUCAGUACCUUACCUUGGAUGUCUGGACAGGAAGUGGUGAUGAAGAAGACAGCAUUAAAAGCUCGGACACAAGUCUAGAUAUAAGUGCUUCUGAAGUCAACCCAACAGAGUCAAGAUCAGAUGAUGAAGAGUCCCACCAUUCUGUUGCUACAUCUGAAGACAAGGAGCAAGUAUCUCAAGCACAGACUGUCAUAGCCCUUAAUGAUGAAGAGUCCCACCAAUCGGCUGAUACUGAUGAAGAGCCCCACCAGUCUGCUGAUACUGAUGAAGACAGGGAACAAGUAUCAAAAACACAGACUGUGAUAGCUCUUAAUGAUGAAGAGUCCCACCAGUCUGCAGAUACUUAUGAAGACAGGGAACAAGAAUCCCAAACACAGACUGUGAUAGCUCUUAAUGAUGAAGAGUCCCCCCAAUCGACUGAUACUGAUGAAGACAGGGAACAAGUAUCCAAAAUACAGACAGUGAUAGCACCUGAGCCUAUCCAGAAAAAUGUCCCUACGAUGACAGCUGAAUCAAACAUCAGUCACUGUGGCACUGUCACUGCACCCUCCCCUUGCACAUCUGAAGCUGUGGGGUGUAUUGGUGAGGACAAGGAGCCUUCUGAACUUCAGACUGAAGAUGAAGAAAGUGAAGAAGAUAAUGAUAGUGUUCUCGACCAUGGGUUGGAUUUCAUUGAAGACCUGGGAAGGUCUUUGGACUUGGUAGAAGUUCACUCACUCGAAGAGGAUACCUCGAGCAGAGGCAGUGAUGCUGCAGAAGAAGAGAUGGAUUCCCUUCCUCAACAGGAAGAUGGCAUGCAGGAGGAGCCCCAUCAGGAGGGUGACAACUAUGAUAUCUGCAGAAGUCCGACAGAGGAGACCGGUGAUGUGGACACUGUGGCUGAACAAGUCGGUACAGAUGACAAUACAGACAGAAGCCAUGUUGCUAUCAAGGAAGAGGAGGACACUUGGAGUUGUAGAGAUGGUCCCCAGGACAUCCCAGAGGACAGAGAUACUUCCGAAGAGGAAAUGGACCUCGCUAUGCAGUAUGAACAAGAUCUCCCAGUGCCACCCUCCCCGUUAUCAGACUUUGACAUUUUCUCUCUGGACGCAGAACUUCCGGUGCAGCUAGUGGAUGAGCUAACUUAUCUAGAACAAGAAAAUUAUGAGCAGCCAGUAGAUUGUUCCAUACCAUCCACCCGAGAAAAAACCUGUGAAGAUCCAGAUGGAGAUAAGUCAAAACUUGAGGGAGGAGUGAUGGAACCUCAGGUUGCAAUGUCCUCAGAUUCAAGGCAGCUAUCUAUAAGUAGGAAAGAUGAACUCUCUCAGGAAGCAGAUUCCUAUGUGGCAGAAUCCCCAUCAGUCUCAGAAGUUAGUGUGGAGAGACAGGACAGUGAGGAGGCAGAGUCAGAAGAGUCAAUCCAUGCAGCCACCGAAUCUCAAGAUGAAGACCAUACAAGCCAUAAGGACAUGAUUUCUGUAAAGAAGGAACCUGUAGACUCUUUUGAUGAUUCUGGGGCAUUACAGCACCCAAACAUUGACCACGAAGCUGUCUGCCAUGUUGCCUCUCCUGACCAGGGUACAGCUAUGACCACAGAUGGGAUAAAAGUGGAGGAAUGUGAUGAGCAAGAUGUGAGAGAAAGUAACAAAGCAAUCAGUACAGAAUCUAUAGAAGACAGAAGGGACGAAGAAUCACUUGAUGCUAAAGAGGUGCUUUCCAGUGAGUCAGUUGAUAACCCAGAAUGUACAGGUACAUCUUCAAACUCAAGGGAUGCUAUGUCAACUGAUCAGCUUGCUGUGGAGCAGCAAAAUGUGUCAUCAGAGUCCAAGAAUGUGCCUAAAACUGACAGUGCUGAAGAAAUAUCAAGCUGCGUUGAGCACAAGAAUGAAGAGGAAGCAUGCAUUGAAAAUGUUGCCAGUAACUCUGCCAAAACAGAUCACAAUCUGAAUAUUGUCACAAAAGUGCCCACCACUGGCGAAAAGGUAGAAACUGAGGUAUGUAGGACCGAAAAGGAGAGGGGUGAAUUGGCAGAUGAAGGGAAACCAAGCCUUACUACCAGGCUAAGGCAGGUGCGGUGUCCAGAGCUAUCUUUGUUGCUCGAUACAAUGCAGUCCCCUGAUGAAAUCAUAUCAACUGACCAAAGAGAGUCUCCUGUUGCACAGCCUGAGGAGGUAUCCUCGCCAUCAAAAGAUGCAAAGAGGAUCAAUGUAACAUCUCCUUCAGCAAAGGAUGAAAGGAAGAUCACCUUAAUUGAUUCAUGUCAAGUGCCAACAAACAAGAUUUUGACCAAAAUGGGCCUUAAAAAGCUUGAUAGAAAUGUCAGCAAGCAACAAUGGAAGGAAAAAAGACAGUCCUUCAAAGCAGCAGCACUUUUACAGGAGCAAGAAACAAAGGCUGUCAAGCAAGCUUCAUUCAAGAGCAGACAGGUGCACUCAUGUGCUGUAGACCAACAACAGGUUGACAACAGUGUCAAGAGUUGUCCAAUAAACAUUGAUGAUGGAAAACUUGCUAACAUUGAGGAGCCAAGCACCAGAGAUGAGCCUGCUUCUGAUUCGUCACAUAUUGACAGUGCACUGGCACAGGAAUCUGAGCUGCAAAGGCAAUGGGACAACUGGAAAAGGCAAAACAGAAAGAAGAGCAAAAGAUGGAAGGACAGUAAAAAGCUGGAGAGGAAAUUGAAGCACCAAGGUAGAAGUGCACACUCAUUUACAUGUAAGACCAAGACUUGGAAAAACAGAUACCCAAACUCACGUAUUGGUGGUGAUAAGUUAAAAGAAAGGCAGGACAGGCAGAAAAUGUCAGCCAGAAAAGGAGACAAAUUACAGUGCCCUUCACAGAAAGCAAUGUAUGGAGGAGAAACCAGUCGCUUAGUAGAAAGAACUGAACAUGGACAAAAGAGAAAAGUAGAGUCCAAUGCUCCAUCUGAGCAUUUGAGAAAUGUGUCCAAGAGGCGAAGACAUGAGGUGAAGUGUACUGAUACCAAAAGGGAAAAAGUAGCGCCAACAACUGGGAAGAUUUGUAAAGAGCCUGCAAAGCCAGAAAUAAGAGUUAGAAAUAAGCAUAGCUCUUCUGGUCUUUCACAACAUGUACAGAAGGGGCAAAAAAUGACUACAAUUCCCAAAGGGAGAUCUUCAGUGCAGAUGGUACAGAGAAGCAGAAGUUCUGUUGUUUCCAGUGCCAGUGCUCAACCCAAGCCUAGCACGCAACCAAUAGUUUUCAAUGGCAAGGGGCCUGAGUCACAAGAAUGGAGUGCACAUGUUAAAGGAAACACCACUCAAGCCAAUGAUGAGGAGUCACAGAAAGAGACUGUACAAGAUAAGGCUGGCACUCCUCGACCCUCAGACAUCUCCAAUGACAUGGUGUCAGAGUCUCAAGAAGGGACUGUGCAAGCUACAGUUGGCAAUGCUCAACACAAAGCACAAGUUUCCAGUGACAAGACGUCAGAUUCAAGAGAUGAGAUUUUGCAAGUCCAGGCUGGUGCUGCUCAAACCCACAUACCAGAAGUUCCCGAUGACAAGGUGGAAGUCAAGGAUAGCAGCAUUCAUCCGAUUUCUUGUGCCCAAGCAGAACUCUCCAUAGGCAAGUUGCCUGAAGAAGGGACAGAGGUCAAGCCUGGUAGUUCUGACAUCCUUGAGCAGCUAUACAGAGAGAUGCAGGUAAAGCUGAAGGAUGUCAGAACUGCUGCAGAAAGAGAGCGUAUCCUCCUGGCCAUGAAAGUACUCCAAGAGACAGGAGGGGCAGAAAUCAAGGACGUCUCAUCUGCAAGUGAUCCUAAGGAGACUUGUGAAGAGACGUCAGGUCAAACCAAGGGGUCAGUCCAGACAGAGUCAUUCCAGAUGUCCAAAGAGCAUGACACAAGCAGUGAACUUCAUGGAAAACAUGGCUGUAACCUGGAGACCUGUGAAACAGAACCAUCUGAAGAUACUGUUGGAUGGAGCAAGGAAGAUGAGACGUCAGGUCAAACCAAGGGAUCAGUCCCGACAGAUUCUGCCCAGAGUUCUGAAGACCAUGGCACAACACAUGUUGAAGCUGCCCAUGGCUCUCCAAGCAGUAAGUUUCAUGGAAAAGAUGACGGCAACCCUGUAGAUAUGGAUGUGUCUGUUGAUGAUGACUCAGUGGAUAUGGACAUCUCUUCCGAAAGUCAGCCAGAGGAGGUGAGUGCCCUGAUAAUGACGGAAGAUUCAACAAAGCCUCACCUACAAGACAACUACAUGUUGGUAGACAUGGACACCAGUGUAGAAGAGUCAAACUGUCAUCCACAGGACAAUUACAUGUUAGUGGACAUGGAUACCAGCAGCACAGAACCCUCAGAAGAACCGGAUUCACCUGAAAACCUUCCAGACGAUCAAGAUGCACCUUAUAGCCCCACUUGGAAUGAAGACUCUUGUGACUUUCAGAUAAAUGAAACUGCAAGUUUCCUUGCCUCGAUACCAGGAGUCAUCAGAGAAUCUGGUACUGAUGGGCCCCAGUGGAUGUCUCUAGACCUGUCGGUACCAACCAAGUUGUUACUGCAGGGUGAACACAUGCCAUUAGCAGAGUUACAGGGUGUAGAGACACAGAUGCACCAGACACAGGAUGCAGAGAUGGCAUUGACAGAGACAACAGGUGAAGAAACACCACUUAUGGAGGCACAGAGCGAAGAGACACCUUCCAUGGAGACACCACUGUCACAGAUGCAGAGUACAUGUACAACCCCUCUGUCACAGUUACAGGAUGUAGAGACAUCUCUGGAGAAUGGACGGGGUGCAGAGACAUCUCUCUUGGAGAUAGAGGCACCACUGGCGGAAAUGCAGAAUGAUGAUUAUCAUCAGGAGCAGUUGAAAAACCAAGUGAAGUCAAGCCCAGAUGCUAGCCAUCUGUUUCAGCCUAUCAAAUGUAAGGUUGAUGAUCCUUCAGAGUUGGAGAAAGCGGCAGACAGAAAGACUCCCCCGAUAGAUGAGACGGAAACAUUCAUGAGACAGCCCCCAGACUUUCUCAGAGAGUCCAUCACUGACCCUCAUCUGUCAAUCAAAGCUCUUUUGUCUCCACCUACAGACAGAAAUGAGUCUGUCCCACGGGCAGCAAUGUCGGGUAGGGAUGGACAAUCAAUGACAUUGUCUCUGAAGAUAACAUCCCCUGGAAGUUCCCCUCCCUCCCUUGCAGAGACACUUGCGAGUGAAAGCCAACAUACAAGUGCAACAGAGAAGAAGGAACAAGGCAGUCAUCCUAUGUUUCACAAACAUAAGCUGCUUCGUCCCAAAGUAAUGCCAUCUGGGAUUAUUGUGUAUGCCAACCCUAUUCCAAUUCCCCUAGACUCCCAGAUGGCAGAGCCUGAGGAUCCUCGAACAAAGGCAAACUCAAUCAAGACUUCUGAAUUAGAAGUCCCCUCCUAUGACCAGUGGGAGAGCUACCCAAGUCCAGCAAAGAGGCGGAGACAUGAAUCUGCACCCAAAACACUUCUAGCUUCAACUCACCACUCACCAUCCAAGACAAGUCUUCCCACUUAUUCUCCAGUAUCUCAUGACACUCUGGGCAUUGCAUCUCCUCCAGAACUUGUACAGAAAGUUGGGCAACAACUGAUAAAGACUCUGCAGACCUCUUUGAGGAAUCAUUCAGGUGCACUUCAACAACAACUGCCCCCAGCUGUUGCAUCCAAACCUAAUUAUCAAGAUCAUAGGCCAAGGAACCUCACCCCCAUUUCAAGCAAUAUCUGUAGGGAUCCAAGAAUCAGGAAGAGAAGGCAAUCCGAGCCAAACCCUGCAAAAGGCAGUAGCAGUGGGGAAGACUCCAUAGUGGAAGUGAGGAGACAGAUCCUCAAGGAUCUCCGAGAACAAGUCAGCAAACUUAACAAGAGGGGCAUGAUACUGGAGACUGAUAAUGAAGAAAGAGAACAACCCGAUGCUAAAACACCACACCAUGGGAUUCAACGAACAGUGUCCUUCAGUUCAGUUAGUGAACUACGUGGAAGAAUGGCAGAUGAGAGUGCUGACUUGCAAAGUGACGGCAAGAUGUCCAUCCAACCCAAAGUCCAUGGUGCAGGUAAAACAAAAAUGUCAAAAUCACCAGAUGUGUCAGCUUUUGGCCAAACGUGCUACAACAUGAACACCACAGUGCAACAAGUAAACACCUUAACUAGGGAUGGAGGCCAACGGACUGAUGCUGACAUGAAGGAAGGAAAGAUUGUCUCUGAGAAGGAAAUCAAGGGUGGCAAGUCUGUACAGAAGAAGACGAAGAGAAAGACAGAACUUGAGAAAGGCAGUAUCUCUUCCAAGAAGCAGAAGUAUGACCAUCCUGAGCACUGUACAGCUGAGAUGAAGACGUCUGGUGACUUGCUAUGCAAAGAUCUCCCGUCAAAGCCCAGACACUGCAGUUCUCCUAAGCCUUCAAAGUCUUCAGAUAAAUCAUAUUCCAUUGCUAAGAAGAGUGCUGUUGUAAAGCCAAGGGAAAGAAAAAUGAAGCAAAUUGAUCCUUUGCACCACAAAUGUCAGAGCAGACAGCACAGCGAUCCCAAACCUAGUCAUGUCAGAAAGAGUACUGAUGGCAAGAAGUCCUUUGGUAAGAAAAAGACACCACGGGGAAAACAGGAGGAAUCAGGAAACCGGACGAUGUCAGUCAAGCUUCAGCAGAAAAUGAAGCUGGACAACCGGGUUGUGGCAGAUGAAGUCUCCAUGUCCAAGGUCGUUGACAAAUGGAUUAAUCAACACUCUGCUGUUAAAAGCACAUGUCAAGCACCUGUUGUGCCCUCUUCACUGGAACUGCCUGAUGCCUCUGAUGUGGAUGUAGACUGUCAAAUAGAAUCCAGUGUUUGUGACUGUCUCGGUGCUGUGAAAAGCAAGUUAAGGUUGAUGCAUACAGCAAACUCCCAAUCGGAUACGAGUGCAGUGUCAGAGCAAAGCGAGAGUGGAGUGGAGAGCUCAGUCAAUCCAUCAGACGGUUAUCUUGAAAGUACAGUACCAGACUUGCCCGUUUUAAACUUCGAAAACGACCCUUUGCUUACCACAAAGGAGAGAGGGGGCAAACUUCUGAGUCAAGAAGAGACCCUAGCGUACUACCAGCAGAGGCUCAGAGAACUAGCUAAACAGCGCAGCAGUCUGUCAUCAAUCUCACAUCGUUCUGACUCUAGUACUGUGAAAGAGAGACAGGAUUCCUUAACAGGACAGCUGUUGGAAGCCAAAGUGUGCAUCUACAGCAUGAGAUGUUUACAUGUUUUUCAGAGAAGAAGGAAUCGACUUUGCAGCUGGCGUUCUAACCGUGUAACACCUGUACAGAAAGAAAUUUUGCGGUUGGAGAAGAUAAUGAGUAUGAUGAAGAGAUCCUCACCUCAAGCGAUAGAGAUGAUACAGAGAAAGCUGGAUGACCUGUAUGAACAAAGAACAGAACUGGUGAUGAGCUGGUUCAGAGAAAGGAUGUUCAGGAUUGAAUCAAUGUCUGCAGAAGAUCUCCGGAACACGCUGGACCAUCUCCUCACCAUCCAGCACAAAUGGCAAUUGAAAAACAUCAACCAGCUCAUGAUGAUCCAUCUCGAGAAAGUCAUCAAGAAAGCUAAAAUCGCCCUCAAGCUGAAGGAGGAAGACACUGUAAACCUGACACCAGACACACCUUGUCAAGAUGAGACAUGUGAUCCAGAACAAGGUCCUUCUGCACAGGCAGAAACUAUGCAAGCUGUAGAUGGUGGUGCGAUGGUUUCCAGUUGUAAUUUGCAAGCUCAAGGGGCAAAAGAUGACAAAGUAAGUCCUUCAUCAGCUGUCAGUCACUCCAGGAAAGAUACUGGCACUGAUUAUAGCACUAUGUCAGAUACACCGUGCAGAGAAGAGAAUCCAGCAUCCAUUGAAGCCUGUCUCUCCCGGAAGGAGCAACUUGCUGUAGAUGGACAGAGACCAAGCUGCCGUACUCUAGAACUAGUAGAAGAUGCCUGUUCUGCCCCUUCUGUAGACAGCCUACCGACAACACCAGGAACACCAGUUCAGGAUGAGGUCAUGUGGGACGGGAAAUUCUAUGCUGUCAUCCUGCCAUCCCAACCUGAAGGGAAAGCGGACCCAGCGGUCAGUGGUACGUCCAUCCAGAGUGAAAACGACCCGAGUGAUAGCACAAGCUCCAAGCCAGAGGAUUGUAGUGCUGACACAGAGCCCACUGCCGCACCGCCAGAUACAGCAGCACAGCAGGAAGACCAACUAGAAGCUGCUGUAAAAACAAACAGUACUGCCUCGGAUUCCAACACUGCAGUUACUACAGAAACUAAGGACUCAAGUGACUCAUCCGACGACAAUAAAACAAAUGAUACAGAGACAAGCCAGAAGUCUUUCAGAAAGAGGAAUCGUGGAAUCCGGAGAGGAAGAUGGCCAAAUAGAGGAAGAAUAGAAGUGCAAAGAAACUACCAAAACAACCAGGGCUAUUUCAACAGUCGAGCUAACAUGCUGUGCAGACAAGGCAACUCCAUGUGCAACCAACAAAACGGGGAGACCAGGACUUGGGUAAGGGAUGGGAACACAUACCAGCAAAUCAACCAGCCGGUGUUCAACAACUGCGCAACAAGGUUCAUAGACAGACAAGCUGCGAUAAGAAAUAUCCCAUCCCUCCUGGAUGUCAAACACCCUAACAAUGUUAACAACAUGCCCUGGUCGCGUGGUAUUGACCCAACCAGGUAUAAUAAUAAUAUGGCAAAUAGGGUGGAACCUAGACUACAUAUGGACCAGUAUAACCAACGCCAGCAAUGGAACAUGGGCCAGUCUAACUGUCAACAAUGGAAUGACUGUCGGAGAUAUUAGCUCUUCAACUGUUGAGUGUAGAGACAGAUCAUUUCCCGACAGCAACUGUAGCAGUGUGAAACAGCACCGUGAAACAGCAUUGUCCGUUACAUAUUCAGGCCUUCUGUGGAAGAAAAUGUUGCAGGACAAUAACAAAGGGUUGCUGCUCCCUAGUGGAUGCCAUUCCUGUACUAUUAAUGUACUAGAGACCAGUAGAGAGGAAGGCAUGGCUCAGUAGUGAUGAAAUGAGGACAAAAAAUAAAUGUUGAGGACUAAGAAUUAUUGCGUAAAGAUGUACAUAGGUCAAAAGAUACCGUACUUGUAACAACUGUAAAUUUUGUUAUUUUGUGCAUCCUUGUACUGUUUCUUGAAUACUUUGAAAGUGUUUUGUUGAAAAGUUGGUUACUAUUGAAGAGUAUCCUAAUGUGUACAUGUAAAGAUAUGUUGAAGCCAAGUUGUUAUUGCUGCAAGAAAUGUGCAUGGUGGGUAUCUGCAUCCAGCACAAAAUAGUGGAGAGUCUCCACUACUCAGAGUCUGGCCAGUAUGUGUACAUAUAACAGUCCUCAGUCUGUUUCUGUGGAUGUACUUAGUAUCUUGUAGCCAAAAUGUUUUCAUAGUCAGCUGUGUUUAUGAAACCUGAUGUUAUAGUGGUAUUGUAUGAAACAUUGAUUGACAUACAAUGUAUGACUGUGUAAGAGCUGGAAAGUUAUGCAAUACUGACUACUAGUACUGUUUUCCUUACUUUCAAACAAUAUGUGACUAAAACGUGCCAGUAUAGGAAUAUUGGGAAGCCAUUUUUCCACUUUCCUAGGAAUUUUUGUUUGGUGGUUUUGGCCACUUCAAUGGGAGACAUUUAGUAUUGUUAGCUUGCAGGACAUCAAUAAAAACUGUCUAUUUUUGUUUUA